UAGUACCACCGCCAAAAGCAGGCAGAUGUUCAUGCAGGCGGCGAAUUUUAACAACAGUGUUUAAUAGAUAAAUUAACUAAUUAAAGAGUGUUUCAAGGCGAAUGUGAGGAUGAACUAAGAACUACAAGCUCGCGGGCACAACUGGAUAUUUGUGAAAGACGUGCAGCGUGCGACUCGGCCGCGUUAAAUGCCCGCAAAAGUGGGACUUCUACGCGCGUUUUUCGCUUGGGUGACUUAAGUUUUCCUCACCUGGGAAAAGUGCCACAUUUCCAAAAGAAUGGCCACUAUUGGGAACAAAAUAAACAACAGCUACGAAUCGGAGCCCUCCACAGGAAGCGGGUCUUCGCUCAGUGAAAACAAUGAGAGCCACAUAUCUGACGAGGAUCACAUGAACUUACCGUAUCUGAUGAAACCGAAAGCACUGAGCAGCCAGCCCAUCAAGGAAACCCCAACGCCACCUAAUUCGAAGACAGGCAGCCAGGAAUCGCAGUUCCUGGGCUUUGGAGACAGUCCGUAUGGCCAGGUGAACAAGCGUCUGUAUGGCUCCCAGCUGCAGAACCUCAAGCUGCCGGAGGUGGAGCCCCCUGCCGUCCGUCGUCCCUCGCCGGGCAAGAUUGUCUUUCCCCGGUUCUACGACACCCUCAUCGAGGAGAACAGCUGCAACGCCGUGGACAUGGCCGUAUCAGUGGCUGUGACUUCUACAGCCACUACGACAACGGGCAGCCUCUCCUUCGAUGGAAAAAUUAAGAGUCUGACCGCAAAGCCGGAAAGUCAGGAUAAACCUGGACCCUCCAAUGCUAAUCCACGGCUUUCCAACGUGCUGGAAACCUCGCUGAACACCUCGCAGCAAAAGUUCAACAACGAACGCUCGCCUGAUCUCUUUGCCGACAGCGACGAGGACGGUGAAAACGACGAGCAACCGGAAAAGGAGCCGCCCACCAGGCUAGAGGAUCUGCCCGAGGUGCUGGAAGAGUCGCAGUGCACCAGCGACGCACGGGCACGCUGCUCGCUGAAUGCGCCCACGGAGUCCAGCUUUGUGGAUGAGCAGACGAUGGACCUUUCGGCCACCCAGCUUAACGCCAACGAUCCUCGGUCGCACUUCUUGGAGAACUGCAGGAGAGAAAGGGAACUGUAUCGUCGCAUUCGUCGCUGCCUCCAGGGAGUUCGUCCGCCGCCCUCGGUGACUGCACCCGAUGUGGACGUCAUCAAAAUGGUGCUAAGCAUGAAGUCAAGCGUACUGAACUUUCUCUCCAAGGAUAGCCCAGCAUCUACGCCCACAAUCGAGGACAGUGGCAUUAGCGAAACAACCUCUCUGUUUCGACCCUCUCACAGUCUUUCGGAGGCUCAAAACAUGGGCUGGCGGGAUGUACUUGGAGUGAGACAUCAUGGACUGAGCUACAAUCUAAACAAGGCUGCCGAACAAAACGAAUACCUCAGCAUGUCCGUGGUGGACCGCUAUGUGGGCGUGGAAACAGCCACGUCCUAUGUGAGAUCGCCCUCGAGUGCCAAGAAGAGAAACAUGCGUAUGAAAAUGUUAACCCAAUCGCCUGGCAAUCGCCUAAGUCACCUGGCCAAACGACGUGCCAUAUUUUCCUCUGCGAAUCUAGCCACCAACUCACAGAAGCUCAACAGCUCAAUUGGACCACAAAUUAUGCUAGAUAAGAAAAAAGCGCGAAAUAAACGCAAGGCCACGCCCAAACGAAAGACGCCGGGCAGCAAGAAAAAAGCCCGCAAGACGCCAUCAUCAUCCGCUCGAAAGCGCCUCUACCGCACUGAUCUCAUCAAGCCAGGACCUUCGAGAGAAACCUCCAAGCGUGCCUUAUUCCAAAGUCCGGCCAAAACUCUGCAGCAACAGCAGCUAAUGCCUCCCAAACCGCUCUUUAAGCCGGAGAUUGCGAAUCGCGUAGAGCGCUCAAAACGGGCUCUCUUUUCUCCGGAUCACCAGGGCAGCAGUAAUCAGCUUGAGUCGCUCCUGAAACGGAAAAGAAACGCCUGCGAUGACGAGGAUUCAGCUGAUUUGGCUAGUCAGAGCAGCAAGCUCUUCCGGGCCGAGAGCAGUGGACCCAGUGGGUUGACUCCUCGCGCUCUGAAGAUCAAGAGUCAGAGUUUCUGCAUUGGGGCUGGUUCCUCCACUGCGGGUGUUCAGCUAAAGUUGGCGCAGCAACCCGCUGCUACCACUGGCCCGACGCGGCUCAGUCUUGGUAUGAGCGGCAGCAGUAGCAACCUGGUUAACCCAUCCUCUUUUGCAAGCGGUACGCCACUGGCGAGUAAGCUGCACCGAGCGCACUCGGAGAUGAGCGCCACGCCGAAUAGCAGCAUGACUGAUAACCAGCGAAAGAAACUGCUUUGGGCUGUGUCGCAGGCACUGCAGGAGAAGAAAAUUACACCGAAGCAUGAGCAAUUCCGACAGCAUGCGGCGGAUCUUACUCGCAUUGUGAAGCGCAUCUUCCAGGAAUUCUACCUGGGACAUUCAUCCAGCAAUAGCGAAACCCUGCUAAGGCUGGCCAAGAAGUUUGCCUUUAGCGUGAUUGCGGGGAAGAAUGCGGAUGACGUUUACCUGCAGGCGCGAAGCCAGGAAUGCGAGGCCAAGCGGUUGUCGAGCACCCGCCUCUCAGGCUACAUCGGUCCGGAGGAGUUUGCCCAGCGUAAACUGCUCCUAUCGCAAACAUCGGUCGGAGGAUCAGCAGCAGGUUCAGUGCGAUCGCUGCACAACAUCUUUGGCAGCGAGAACUCCAUCGAUUCCUUCGGUCUGAGUCAAAUGAGCCUGCCUACAAAUACGGACACGCAAUCGAGUAUAGUGGAUCGCAUCUCCGAGGAUCUUUUCUGCAAGGAACGACAGCCCAUCCGUCCCAAUCCUUCGCUGCAGAACAGCUCAUCGAAGAGCAACCUAGGCGGACUGGCGCUGCGCGAGAACAUGGACUGCGAGUCUCGCAGGUCGGCGCAAAAGAACUUCACCGGCAAGGACCAGCAGAACAUCAGUCCCUACUUUGGCGGCGGAGGAAGUAACAGCUCGGCGCGAAAGUUCCAAAUGCCACCCGUAGGCAACAGCAACAAUUCUGGAGGCAAGGCCAAGAGACAGAUUUCCUUUGACUGCUAGAAAAGUAGGGUUCAAAGAAUUAUUGUUGAAAAGGUAAUGCUUACAUUGGCAAAGAACAGGAGUCGGUGAUGGAGCAGCCAGACGUAUCCAUACGUUUUAGCCAUUUUAAGCAGAAAUAUUACUUCGUUUUUGUUUCCAUUAUUUUUUGGUUGUUUUAGCUUAAUUUAUUCAACUGUCAGGUCUCUUGAAAAACAAACACUUUAUAUUUAAUGACAGACAACCGUAUAAUUAGGUAUAAGUAAAAUAAUCUGAUAUAGAUCUUAUAGAUCGCCUCUUAGACUCGCAAGACUCCCAGACUUUUCCUUGAGCUCAAAUUUAGUUAAAAUUCAAGUUAAAUUUUUUUUAGUAACGGCAUAUAUGAUCUAUAUGGGAUUUAUUUUAUGCGACUCAAGUUUGAUGAAUGCAAUAUUUUCCACUGAAGUUUAGAUGUAUUAAGAACAGUUUGUGCUUAAAAAUUACAAAUUUUACUUAACUAACUGCACGUGUACUCAAUGCAACUGAAAUUAAGCUGAAACAAGUUCUGUAACAGUGUAAACUGAAAUUAGUAUAAUAAAAGCGCCGCACUCAAUAGUAA